GGACCACUCGAUGAAAAUCUUUUAUACGAUACAAUUUUUCCGCAAGGUAAAAAAUACUUCCGUAUCGAAACAUUUAAUUACACUGGAGAAUUAACAAAGGUCAAAUUUCACUUCACCGACAAAACACAUUUUGACUUGAUUCAAUAUUUACAGAAUGCCUCCUCAAAGCUCAAGCAAUUUUCAGAAAAUGGUCUUUUAGAUUGGUUCGCGACGGACUCUAUGACACUAAAGGAAAUAUUUCCAUCCAUCAAUGACCAUCAUUCGCCUUUGCCUACAACUCCACAAGACGAUGGCACUUUAGAUGUUUCAAAUUAUCAAAUAAUCGAAUCAAAUUAUCAAAUAAUCGAUGAAGAAAAAUUAAGAGCGGAUAUAAAAUCCUUAUCUGAUGAUCUGAAAUUAAAACGUCAAAAUUAUCCUGAUAACAUUUUUGAUCAAUUGUUUUAUGAAACAUUUCGAAGACGAGAUAUGAGCGUGUGCAUCGAUGAUAUAAGAUCUGAAUUUUUUAGUCAAUUGAAUUCGGUACAUUGUCUUUUAGGAAUAAAAAAUGAUUACGAGGUUGAUGAUAUAUUGUGCCCUGAUCAAAUCAGAGAUACUUUGGUUCGCUCUAUGAUUAAAACUUUAGAAGUUAAACUUUUCGAUAGUCAACUUAGUGCCUAUCCUAAAGACUACAGGCUUGGAUUAGCCAUUUUUUUAUGGAAUCUUAAAGUUACUAUCAACUCAAUUUAUGAAUCUUAUCAAGAGCUUAAAUCAGCUGAUCAGAGUGUUAAAGAUAUUUUUGAAGAAGAAAAACCGAAAUUUCGAAAUAUGACUUUAAAUAUGGAAAGUUGUGUUUCGGAUAUUUUAAAGAUUCUUAGAUUAGAUGAUGGUGAUGAUAAUAUUUUACGAGAGCAAUAUAACAAAUUAAAAGGACUUUUAUCAUUAUUUUGCGAGGUUACGAUUAGUUUAUUGGAACUUGUAAAAUAUAUUUCUAUUAAAUGUGACGAACAACUUAAAAAUUUGGAAGGUCAAAGCAAAAGUUUAUUUACCAAAUUAGCUGUUGGUGCCUGUGCACUUGCCGUUGGUGCUGGCAUGUUAUAUGCUUAUUCGAGAAGCUCUAGUAGUUCUAAAAACGAAAAGAAUAAUUCAUCGAAUCUUCAAUCAACAAUUUCCCGUCUAACAGGCACUCUUAAACAGCUAAGAGAUCUUCAUGACAAAUUAAAAGAUUGGUCUUUCCAUGGACAAAGCUGUUUGAACCGGGAUUAUGAAGAAAUGUAUGAAUAUAAAUCACAUUUACUUUCCCUAUUUUUGGAUAUUAAAGAGCAAUGCAAAAAGCUUCACUUAGUUCUGGAAUAUUAG